CGGUUGCUGUGGGUAGUUAAUGAAGGAUACCAACCAAAUGUUCAUUCAUCAGACAUUUGAACAAGAAAGAAGAAGAAAAUCCUCUCAAUACACAUACACGACUCAUACACGGUUGCUCAAAAAUUCAAAAAAAAAUCAUCUAAAGGCUUGUAUUACAUAAGAUGUCGUUUCAAGCAAUCGUUAUACGGCACAGUGGUCAGUGGAAAUUAACCGAGUAUGAAGGAGGCGAUGAGGUUGUCGUGUACAUGUCUAAGGAAGACCUUUGUCAUGCGAAGUUGAUGCAAGAGGUGCACGAUCAAUUAAACGAGGAUGGUCGAUCCACUUAUAUGCUUUUCUACACAUCGACCACGGACGAAGGGCGAAAAAUAAAAGUGGCUUUGAAGACUGAUUCGGAUUUGAACCGGCUGAUUUCCGAGCAUAAGAAAUAUCCCGUUGUUUACGUGAUCGAGAAGGGCAAACAAUCUGCGGCUCCGGUUCCUCAGACUCAAGAGCGGGUAUAUUAUGAGGGACAUCGGUCUACUAUGUUUCCUAUUGAGACGGACAUUGGAAGAAGUAUCCCUACACACGAUGAUAGUAGGGACGAUUCAUCGUCGCAGGAGGAGGAAGACGAGUCCGAGUCUUCGGAUGAGGAAAAAGAGGCGAUACGACGCAGAGAGAUAUUGGAUUCAGUGUCGACUGAACAGGAAGCGUGGAGACAGACAGGGCCUCAGAAUUUCACAUCGGAUGAUCAGCCCGAUGUCGAGCCUCGUGUUGGAGUUCAGCAGCUUGAGGCACGUGACUGGGGGAUUCCAGUCCUCGAUUUUGACGAUGCGCCGGCAUUAGGUUGGGAGGAUUCUAACGUAUUGGAGAGCGGGAUAUUAUCAGUGGGGGCUCUAUUCCGGUCGAAUGAUGAUUUGGCAAUCGCUGUUGGCCUGUACCAUAUGGAGAAUCACGUGGAGUACGCCGUGCAUCGUUCCAAUACGACCCGUUUGUGGUUUGUUUGCAAGCAUGGCAACGGUUGUCCGUUCAUGCUGCGAGCCGUUCAGAGUGCAUCGAUCUGGAGAGUGAUCAAGGUGGUGAUGGAUCAUACCUGCCACACGGAUUUGAAUCGCACUGCCCCGAGACAGAUUCCGGCGAGGGUUGUUGGAAGAUAUUUUGCACGGAAAUUGGUAGGCGAGGGUGUCGUUUUGAAGCCGAAGGAGAUGAUGUCAGAGAUGCAGCGCUUAUUCGGUAUUGAGAUCAAUUACAGCUUCGCUCUCCGUGCAAGAAACAUCGCGAUUGAGAUGACGUAUGGUGAUUUUGGGAACUCGUAUCAGAUGCUCCCAUCGUAUUUGUAUAUGCUGAGAAUGAGUAAUCCCGGCACAUUAUACGACCUUGAGAUGAAGGAUGAUGGCAAGUUCCAUCAUAUGUUUGUUGCACUUGGACAGAGCGUGACUGCCUUUGAGAAGUGUAGGAAUAUUAAAUUGAAUUAA